AUGGAUGGGCGUAUUCUUCUUGCAAAGGUUGAUUGCACUGAAGAAAGUGAAUUGUGUAGAAGGGAUGAUCAUGGGCACCAUGAUCAUGAAUCAUACUAUGGGGAUCGAGAUACAGAGGGCCUCGUCACUGCAAUGGAAAGUUUGGUUGCACCCAUUUCCUUGGAUUCUCAAAGACUUGCUUUGGAGAACAAAUCUGGAAACUUAACAGCUGAUGCAAAAAGACCUGCACCAUUGACAGGAGGAUGUAGAAUUGAAGGUUUUGUACGUGUUAAGAAG